AUGCGAGUGCCAGAACCGGAGCUGGAGACCCUGGCUGAGACAGUCUCACAGGCUUUGUCCAUGUCAGAUCUCGAGGAAUCUAGCCUGGAGGCGAGUCGUGGUGAGAUGCCCCGCCAGCCGAGCAUUAGUGAGAGUUUACGACGUGCUUUUACGGCUCGUCAACAAACAAGGGGCAUGAUCCAGCGUAGGGAGGAGGGUGUUACCCCUCUUCGGAGGCUGAGUGCGGACCCCUCGUUCUUGGAGAGGACACAAAUGCGUCAAUUCUCCGUUGAUGUUGACGAGACAAUGGAGCGUCUAUUGGCCCAGGAAGAUACAGACGGCGAUCAUCAUAUCAGUAUUAUCGAUACUGGUCCCAAAGCGAUCCGUCUCGAUACUGUGGAUGGUGAUACAGGUAUGGUGCGCGGCACGUACAUGCUUUCCAAUCUUCUGCAAGAGUUGGCGCUUGCGAAAGAACGAGGAGAAAAACAUACAGUCAUUGAUGAGACGCGUUUGGCCGAGAACCCCGUGGACCGCUUAUCUCGGAUGAUUCGCGACAGGUUCUGGGACAAUUUGACGCGUACGAUCGAUGCAGAUGGAUUGGAGCGCAUCUUAAGUGACCCAAAGAACCGGUCUGCGCAUCGAGGCAACAUUAUUUACGUACCGGAGAACGAGACGCACAUGAUUGAGUACUACCGCAAAGUCGCCAGUGAACGGCCCAAUCUCGGGCUAGUUGUAGAUGUGCUGCCUUCUGUGCUGACCCCAGGAUUUGUUCGUGAUUUGAACAAGCGUCCUGGUUUGGUCGCUUUGGCGAUGAAGCCAUACAAGGAGAAAGAUUCCGAUGAGAUUAGCAUGCACGGAAUUCCCUUUGUCGUUCCUGGCGCUCGUUUCAAUGAGCUGUACAACUGGGACAGCUACUUUAUUGCGCUGGGACUAUUGGAAGAUGGACGGGUCGAGUUGGCUCGAGGCACCGUGGAUCACUUCGUCUUUGAGAUCCAGCAUUACAACAAGAUCAUGAACGGCAAUCGCUCUUACUACCUUUUGCGCUCACAGCCACCUUUUCUGACCGAUUAUGCCCGCCGUGUCUACUACGCGUUGAUGGAGAUGGAGCCCGAGAAGGCCGAUGAGCACAAAGUGUUUCUGUACCGCGCUCUCUGUGCUGCGAUUAAGGAGUACUUUACAGUAUGGAUGUGCGAGCCGCGCUACCACGCUGAGUCAGGUCUUUCGCGCUACCACCCCGAAGGUCUUGGUGUGCCGCCAGAGACGGAAGCCUCGCACUUUACGGCCCUCUUGCAUCCGUAUGCAGAGAGAUACGGCUGCAGUAUCAAUGAAUUUACCAGCUUGUUCAACAGGCAAAAGGUCGAAGUGCCAGAGCUCGACGAAUACUUCCGCCACGAUCGCGCUGUUCGUGAGAGUGGCCACGAUACGUCGUACCGUCUCGAGAGGCGCUGUGCCAACCUGCUUACCAUUGACCUUCAGUCGCUUCUGUACAAGUAUGAGAUUGACAUUGCCGAGCUCAUUCGCGAGGUAUUUAACGACUCGUUUAUGGUGUCAGAUGAGUUCACUAAGUGUAAUGCACAGAUGCGGCCUGCGUUCCCGAUAGAGCACACAAGCCAAGACUGGUUUUUGCGUGCUCGUCAUCGUCGUAUCCAAGUGGAUACGUACUUGUGGAAUGAGGGCAAAGGGCUGUACUAUGACUAUGAUAUCGUUGAGGAGGAACAGAGCUUGUAUGAGAGUGUGACAGCCUUCUGGGCCAUGUGGUCAGGGCUGGCAUCGCAAGAGCAGGCAGACCGUAUGAUGCGUCUCUCGCUGAAGAAGUUUGAGGUCACAGGUGGCUUGGUACCAGGUACCGAAGAGUCGCGCGGUCCUAUCUCGCUCACACGACCUAACCGUCAAUGGGACUAUCCUUAUGCAUGGCCACCACACCAGAUGCUGGCUUGGGAAGGCAUGAAAAAGUACGGGUAUAUGGCAGACGCACAGCGUCUGGCCUACCGAUGGCUGUACAUGAUGAUUACGGCGUUUGUCGACUUUAACGGUGUGGUGCCGGAAAAGUUCGACGCUGUGGCUCUCAGUCACCUCGUUAAUGCCGAGUAUGGCAACCAAGGCACUGAGUUUUCGUACGUGCCUCGAGAGGGAUUCGGCUGGAUGAAUGCCAGUUUCCAGGUCGGCUUAACAUACAUGACGCCUCAAAUGCGCAACGCUGUGGCUGCCUGUCAGCAUCCAGACGACUUCUUUGCUCGAACGCGUCGUCGCUCUUCUUUAUUUGAGGGCAUGCUCAGCAAGAACCGUCGUCGAUCUCAGUCGUAA